AUGUUCGCCCAACUCCUCCUUCCGGCUUUCGCCGUCUUGAGCAUUGCAACUGCCCAGUCCACCGGGUGUUCUCAAGCUACAGCUACCAUCAACUCGCAAGCUGAUGCCACCGCACUCGCGUCCUGCACGACCUUUGCCGGAUCUAUCCUCCUCCCUUCGACAGCAGCUGGUGUGAUCAGCAUUGAUGGUCCUCAACAAAUUGGCGGAGACUUCAUCGUCGAUAACGCUACAACUUUGACCAGCUUGAGUUCCUCCAGCAUUGCCUCUAUUAGUGGCAUUUUCCACUUGGACAGUCUGACUGUUCUGUCAACCCUUUCCUUCACAGAUUUGACCGAAGUCGGCUCCAUCGAAUGGUCCGCCCUUCCAGUCUUGCAACAGUUGACCUUCCCAUCCUUCAUCAAGAAGGCCAAGGACGUUCUCAUCACCAACACAUUCUUGAGCAGCUUGGAUGGUAUUAACUUGGAUACCGUCGAAACAUUGAACAUCAACAACAACGGCCGUCUCACCAGCUUCAGCACCCAGGUUGCCAACAUCACCGGACUGCUUAACAUCGAAGCCAAUGGAAAGAGCUUGGAUGUUGAGUUCCCCAACCUGGAGACUGCUGCCAACAUGACCUUCCGCAACUGUUCUAGCAUCAGCAUCCCAUCCCUGAAGACUGUCAACGGAUCCCUUGGAUUCUAUGGCAACUACAUUACGAGUCUUGCUGCACCCAACUUGACUACUCUUGGUAGCACAACCGAGGCAAACACUGGAUCUUUCGCAUUGGUCGCCAACGGAAUGCUCACCAACAUCUCAUUCCCCCAAUUGAGCUCCAUUGCAGGCGCUUUCCAAAUCGCCAACAACACAGGGCUUUACAACAUCUCAUUCCCAGAUGUUUCCCAAGUUGGAGGUGCCAUUGAUUUCGCUGGUAACUUUUCUACUCCUGAUCUCACGGGUCUUAAAGUUGUCUCUGGUGGUUUCAACAUGCAAUCCACAUCUGUGAUCGACUGCGACUCGUUUGAUAAGCUCAACGGCAAUGUCAUCCAGGGUGUCUACGACUGUGUCAGUGCUACUGCCGAUGCCAAGAGCGGUCUUUCAGGAUCAUCCACCACAUCCGGAUCAAGCGCCAAGGCAACUACCAGUAAAGCCGCCGCCGUUUCCUUUGGAAUUAACGAGGCUGUUGCUGGCUUUUCUGUCUUCGGUGGUCUGCUGCAAAUGAUUCUGUAA